CUGAUUGGCUGUCGGCCAAAACCCUCAUGUUUUCCCCAUCUCCAACAUGUGUAUAAAAGUCCUGUCUCCUAGCAUGUCCCAGCUACACACGUUUUUGGAGUCUUCCUGAUAGCAACAAAGAGAAACACAGACGGACACUGGGAGAGGAUCAUGUUGACGUUGACUCUUCUGGGCCUCAGUAUAGGACUGGUGGCUAAUGCUUUCCCCACACAGCAGUCUGGAAAUGGGAAGAACUGGGUGGUGAUUGUCGCUGGCUCCAAUGGCUGGCACAACUACAGACACCAGGCCGAUGCUUGCCAUGCGUACCAGAUCGUCCACAAGAAUGGCAUCCCUGACAAGCAGAUUGUUGUGAUGAUGUAUGAUGAUCUGGCGACCAAUAAGCAAAACCCCACCCCAGGUGUGGUGAUCAACCGACCCAGUGGGACAAACGUCUACAAGGGAGUCCCCAAAGACUACACUGGGAACGCUGUGACCCCUGACAACUUCCUGGCGGUGCUGAAGGGUGACUCUGCCAGUACACAGCUGGGUUCUGGAAAGGUGCUGAAGAGCGGUCCCAACGACCACGUGUUUGUGUACAUCUCUGCCCGAGGAGCGCCUGGUCUGCUGGCCUUCCCCAAUGAUGAGCUCUAUGCUGCCGACCUCAUGGACGUUAUUGAAUACAUGCAUAAGAACAAGAAAUACAAAAAGUUGGUGUUCUAUAUUGAUGCCUGUGAUUCAGGAUCAAUGAUGACCAAGCUGCCUGAUGACAUCAAUGUGUAUGCCACCACAGCAACCAACUCCUAUGCCUGUUACUAUGACGAGAAGAGGAAUACCUACCUGGGGGACUGGUACAGUGUUAAUUGGAUGGAAAACUCUGAUGUGGAGGACCUGAGCAAGGAGACCCUAAUGAGACAGUUCAAGGUCGUCCGGAGCAAGACCAGACACGUCAUGCAAUUUGGAAACAAGACUCUGGCCAACAUGAAGGUAAAGGCUUUUCAAGGUAAUGCCAAAGCCCGGCCUGCCCCCCCCAUGACCCUGCAGCCUGUAGUGGAGCCAGGUCUAAUCCCCAGCCCUGACGUCCCUAUGGCCAUCCUCAAUAGGACAGCCACAGCCAAGGGGCAUGUCUACCAGCUCCGCUCACACCUCAAGGGUAUUGAGCAGCUGAAACAGAAUAUGCAAAAGGUGGUGCAGUGUGUGACGGGCGUUAACCGCGAGAAUCCGAAGAUUCUGAAUGUGAAGAUGGAUAAGAUGCAGCACCAGUGCUACAAGGAUGCUGUCAGUCACUACAAGAAACAUUGCUUUAGAUGGUUUUCCCCUGAGCGUGAGUAUUAUCUGCGGGACCUGUACAUGUUGUUCAACCUGUGUGUGUCGAGAUAUGGAAGAGAAAGUAUCCUGAUGACAAUAGAGAAAGUGUGUCUAGUUGAAGAGACAGGUUGCGGUGUCUGCGGACAGUAGGGUCUGAGAAGACAAGUCUCGUCUUUUCACUGACAAGGAAUACAGUUUGAAUCUUUUUUUAUUUUAUUUUUUAAUCACUACUCUCUUCUAAUCAUAGCUUUGAUUUCAAACUUGUUUUUUCCCCUCCGGUUUUAAUGAGACCUUUUUUUAAAGAUGUGUUUUUAUGAUGAAUUUCACUAUAUCCCUGUGAGAGUUUGUUUUGUUUUUGAUGAGAAGAAUGUUUUUCUCAUUUUUUUUUACUGCUCUGAUUUCUAUGAACACUAAUGAGAGGAGAUCAGGAGCCAGUUUGCCCACUUGGUUGUCAGCUCUGCUCUGCUGGUUGUCAGCUCUGCUCUGCUGGUAGCUCUGCUCUGCUGGUUGUCAGCUCUGCUCUGCUGGUAGCUCUGCUCUGCUGGUUGUCAGCUCUGCUCUGCUGGUAGCUCUGCUCUGCUGGUUAUCAGCUCUGCUCUGCUGGUAGCUCUGCUCUGCUGGUUGUCUGCUCUGCUGGUUGUCAGCUCUGCUCUGCUGGUAGCUCUGCUCUGCUGGUUAUCAGCUCUGCUCUGCUGGUUGUCUGCUCUGCUGGUUGUCUGCUCUGCUGGUUGUCUGCUUUGCUGGUUGUCUGCUCUGCUCUGCUCUGCUGGUAGCUCUGCUGGUAGCUCUGCUCUGCUGGUUGUCUGCUCUGCUGGUUGUCUGCUCUGCUGGUUGUCAGCUCUGCUCUGCUGGUUGUCAGCUCUGCUCUGCUGGUUGUCAGCUCUGCUCUGCUGGUUAUCAGCUCUGCUCUGCUGGUUAUCAGCUCUGCUCUGCUGGUUAUCAGCUCUGCUCUGCUGGUUGUCUGCUCUGCUCUGCUGGUUGCUCUGCUCUUCUCUGCUGGUUGCUCUGCUCUGCUGGUUGUCAGCUCUGCUCUGCUGGUUGCUCUGCUCUGCUGGUAGCUCUGCUGCAGUAGGGUGAAGUUCACCUAGUUUCUGAUCUUAAUGUCAGUUCUGCUUUCCCCCCCCCCACCAAUGGUUAAGUUUAUGACUUGUAGAAGGGACUUCACCCCUGAGCGAGACUGACCUGGAGGUUGAAUCCUACAGCAUCACACAUGAUCUGCAAGAUAAACCAAUCUCCUGUUUUUAAAGGAUCAGGCUAUGUUGAUGUUGUCACACGGAUUUUGAAAUAUAACCUGGACAGUCUAAAACAGCUGUGGACUAGUCAUUGCUCUCGCCGUCGGUACCUUUUAUAUCUAGUCAAGGUUUAAUUAAGAUAUUGCCCGAGUCAGAUAAUUGUUAUCAUAUUAGGAUUGUUUGAGUUAAACGAUACAGCUGCUGUACCUGGUUUUGCUGAGGAUAGGUACAACGGACACAAUUCUCUUUUUAAAAGGUGAAGUUUCUGAAUGGCGGUGGAAGGAAUUGAGGAGCGGACUGCAGCAAUUGUGUAAAUAAAACCUCUGUUCAGA